AUGGCUGAAAAACGCAGACUCCCGCCGCGUGACCGACGGGAAUCGGCGGCCAAAAGACGUGUCUCCGAGGCCGCGCCUCCGUCUAAGAAAAAGGCGCCUGCACCUCGCGCCCCAUCCCCGCUAGAACCUGUUGACGCGCCUUUGCCUACAAGUCUCAAGGAUAUCGAGGGUUUGCCUAUUCUUCGCGCGCGACAACCACUGACUCUAUCCGACAAGGAGUACCAAUCAAUCGCCGAAAGUGCAGUUCUUCUCGCCGCACUCGAACGAUCUAAAAAGAAAUGGCUCAGCGAUGGCAUUCUCGUGCGAUACUUCACGAAGCCCAAGAAGACGAAGCGGGAGCAAAUCGAAAGAAACAACCCGCCAAAGGAUAGCAUGACCAAAGUCGGCCCUUGCGAUAUCACAAUCGGUCCUCACUUCUUUGAUGCUAUGAUUUACACCGUCAAAGAUCCCAAUGCGCCGCCAUCUCUACAUUAUGCGUCUCCGCAACGACCGAUGGUGCACUAUGGUCACCCCAACAACUUCCAACAAUACCGUCCCUACCCUUCUCCAUCCAAUCCUCAGCGACCGAAUCAAUAUUCGCCCGCCCCUACAGGCCGUCCUGGUUACUCUGGAAGUCAUCCUCCGGCCCAGCAACCCCGUGGGCCGAAUCAGGGCAAUGCCGCGUCCCCUCAAGGCGGACAAAGGCCACAACAGGGACAAAAGGGACCCAAUGGCCAGCCUGCCAAGCCAAGUCCGGACCCUGUGAUUCAAAUGCUGGCUACAAGAGCUGCUGCAGAUCCAGAGCUAAAGGCUUUGAUGCGCGUGGUUGCCUCCAGCCAAGCAUCUCAGGAGCAACUUCGAGCUUUCCAGGCACACAUUGACGAACUGAACGCCAUCAUCAAAUCGAGGGAGCAACAAGAGCAACGUCAGCAGGCUUCUGCGACACCUCAACCACAACAAAAUCCCCAACCCCAAUCCACCCCGCAGCCUCAGCCUCAGCCAAAACAGGAUGGCGAGGCAAAAUCAUCCUCUAAGCAGCAACCUGCAACUCAGAUAAAAACACCGGCCAAGCAACCACCGGCGCAGGCCGGAACACCCCAACCGCCUGCCGCCUCAACAGAAAAGCCAGCUAAUCCUCAAAAUUCCACUGGGUCGGCGACAAUCAAGCAAGAACCCACGACUGUGGCCAACAAAGACACCCAGGCUGCGCCAGCUCCAUCCACGGCUAGUGGCAACGCAAGCGCCCCAGCUUCUGUUUCCACCCCGGGCCCGCAACAGGCCCCUGGAGCAAAUCCCGCACCAACACCCGGCAGCCGUCCGCCGUCAGCAGCACGACCAGGUCCCCCACCACCUCCAUACCCACAACCUUCAUAUGGGUCGCAAACCCCGAUCCAAUCUCGCCCACCCCAAUACGCCACACCUAAUUCCUUCUACCGUUCCCCGGUGGCUCCGCUUGCUCCCCCACAGCUGUUGUUUUCGAAUUCACAUCCCCCCCUAACACCGUACGGAAACGCUACUUCCGGUCACGCUGGCUCAGGUGACCGAUAUCUAUUCCCUGAAUACACGAUUCUCGAAUGGCUCCCAGACGAAAACACAGUCAUUGCAUCAUUCUUGGUGGUACGGAAGGUUGAUGCAAACGCAACUUUCCCUCUUGAAACACCCACGGAGACCGCCAACUCCAAAAGCAAAGGAAAGAGCGCACCAAAAACCAAAAAGGGGGAGCCAAAGGGCAAAACAAUGAAGGGAACAGACUCAGCCGGCCCUCAAACCCCGAAUCAACUAGCCGGGACGCCACAAAAGCAAGAGCCAACGGAUUCCCCAAUGCCAGACGCAUCGGCGGCUAUCAACGAGGCAAACCUCAAGGAAUACUGGCAACCAGUCACAUUCCGCAUCCACUCACCAAGCACAACAAUUCUCGAACCACUCGCUCGAGUCGUCAAGCCAGCAGACGAAGUCCGCAAAUAUAUGAACGAAGUCAUGGACCGCGCUGAGCGUGCCCCAGAUGGCUUCCUGGCCAUGCGUCUACCUCGCGAGGAAUCACACGAGCCGUUUGAUUCGGAGGGAACGCCCGCCUCAAGUGUUGGAACCCGCAGUCGUCUUUCCCGUGUGCAGCUUGCGGAUGAAGAGUCGGAGGUUGAGACAUCUGCAUUCGAAUUCGAGGAGGAAGAUGAGGAUGACUUGAAGGAUUUCUAUGAUGCGCCAUAUGGGUUACCGCCGUUGAAGACGUGA